CUUGCUCAGCGUGAUGGGCAACCCUGAAAGAGAUAAGACCCAAAAGAAUAAAGUUAAGCUAAUGAAGACUAUCAGAUCAAAGAAGGAUUAUAGUAUGAAACAUCAGGAAUGUGAGAUACGGAAUAUUAGAUCUUUCUCAUCUUUCUACAAACUUCAAGAGAGGAAGCAGAAGGUUGAGAUUGUUGACAGCCAAAAGAAUACCUUAAUGGUCUCAGAAGUCAACCUAGCUUUACGCACCAAGCCAAUAAAAGAAAAAAUCUUCUUCUGCCAGAACAGAAGAUCGUCCAGGACCAUAUCUACUAAUAAAAGAGCCGAAUAUUUCCCAACAGAGUUCUUGGUUAGAAAGCCUGGAUACACGAAAGCAAUUGUCAAAUCUAUAAAUGAGUCUCCAUCCUUAAAAGAAAUCAGGCCUAAAUAAGCUCAUGAAUUCACAACAAAAUUCCCUAUCCUUACAGCGAAGUAAUCUCAGUGGAUACAACACACCCAAAGCAAGACCUAAGCUAAAUGUGAAUCUUAAAACAGUGAAGAUUGGGACUAAUUAUUUCAAAAAGGAAACUGCAAGUCAUAUCAAGAUGGAUCCUAGUGCUCUCUUAACCCCUCGCUCUACCUCAAAAUAACAAAUUUCAAAGACCGAACCUCCCUCUUCUCCAGCUGCCCCAAGUACCCCUCCCACACCCCAUGGACCCCUCCCACCCAAUAUUUUCCCCUACCAAUACCUCCAAUCUCCCCUUCUAAAAUCCACAGACCUCGCCUAAAUUCCAAAAAAUCCUCUAUCCUCCAAGCAAUGUCGCCCAACAGACGCUUCAGCCGUACCGUCAGAUUAACAACUCUAUGCACAAAUCAUGCUUUCAAACGCCAUC